AUUAAAGAUGGGGUAAAAAAUAAAAAUAAAGAAACAGAAGUUUCGAUGUGGAAAAACUGAAAAAGAGAGCACUAGCAGUCCUCAUUUGCUAACCUUACCGUCAACUUUCGUUUAUAAAAUGCAUCCACGUGUUAUAAUACAAAUAUUCUACAAUUUUUCCAUUUAUAAAGCUCCCUUAACAAACCAUCCUUCUGCCAGUUUCUCAAUUCACCAUCCAUCCAUGGCCUCCAUAAGUUCUCUGAAAAUGACUUCUUCCCUCAGAAUUUCCCACCCAAGAUCUAUCCCUAUUAAUCCUCAAACCCAAAACCAUGUAGGUUCUAGUUUCUUUCAGUCCUUCCCAACCAAAAGUUUAAAUUUCUCAACUACCCAGCAUGUAUCAACAACCAGAAGAAGUUCUUCCAAGAACAUCACAACCACUGCAUUCUUCUUCAAUAACCCAAAGCAGCAUCAAGAUUCUUCAAAGCCAGCCAAAGUUCAAGAACUCUCUGUCUAUGAGAUCAAUGAAGGUGACAGAGGCAGUCCUGCAUACCUUAGGCUAAGUCAAAAAUCUGUCAACUCUCUUGGAGAUUUAGUGCCAUUCAGCAACAAGCUCUACUCUGGAAACUUAGAAAAGAGGUUAGGGAUAACUUCAGGCUUAUGUGUUCUCAUACAGCAUGUACCUGAGAAAAAGGGUGACAGAUAUGAGGCCAUUUACAGCUUCUACUUUGGAGACUAUGGUCACAUAUCAGUUCAAGGACCUUAUCUGACAUACCAAGACACAUAUCUGGCUGUAACUGGAGGCUCUGGGAUCUUUGAAGGUGUGUAUGGACAAGUGAAACUUCAGCAACUUGUAUUCCCAGUCAAGUUGUUCUACACUUUCUACUUGAAGGGUAUUCCUGAUUUGCCACCUGAGCUACUAGGGAAGCCUGUUGAACCAUCACCUAAAGUUGAGCCUUCUCCAGCUGCUAAGGCUACUGAGCCUAAUGCCUCUUUACCAAACUUCACAAACUGAUGCUGCAACUUUGCUUCCUUUCUGAAAGUUUUUUAGUUUUUGAACUCAAAAUAAACAAACUCUGGUUGUUUGCCUAUUUGCUAUAUUAUUCAAUCUUCUUUUGCUUGUGCUGGACUAGAAGUGAAUUGGAAUUACAUUUUGUGCUUCUGGAGAAUCAAUUUCACACCACUUUUUCUUUAGCUGAUUCUAGAUCUAAUAUGG